CGGAGCGGCGCGGCGGUGGCGGCAUGGCCGUGUGGACGCGCGCCUCCAAGGCGGGGCUGCUGGAGCUGCUGCUGCGGGAGCGCUGGGUGCGGGUGGCGGCCGAGCUGAGCGGAGAGGCGCUGAGCCUCACGGCCGAGCCCGGAGAACCGACCCCGGGGCUCAACGGCGUGGCCAACGGCGGCGGCGAGUGGGGCGGCGCGGAGGCGGCCGUGCCCGGCUGCGUGCGGAGGGUGCGGGUGGUGAAGGCGGAGGCGGGCGGGCUCGGCAUCAGCAUCAAGGGCGGUCGCGAGAACCGCAUGCCCGUGCUCAUCUCCCGCAUCUUCCCGGGGCUGGCGGCGGAGCGGAGCGGCGCGCUGCGGCUCGGCGAUGCCAUCCUGGCGGUGAACGGCGUGGACCUUCGCGACGCCACCCACGACCAGGCCGUGCAGGCGCUGAAGCGCGCCGGGAGGGAGGUGAUCCUGGAAGUGAAGUUCAUGCGAGAGGUGACGCCCUACAUGAAGAAGCCAUCGCUGGUGUCAGACCUGCCCUGGGAGGGAGCUGCCCCGCAGUCGCCCAGCCUGAGCGGCAGCGAGGACUCAGGAUCACCCCAGCACCACGGCGCCCGUGACCACAAGGUCAUCCCUCUGAAGAUGUGCUUCGCUGCACGGAACCUCAGCAUGCCCGACCUGGAGAACCGGCUGAUCGAGCUGCACUCGCCGGACAGCAGGAACACGCUGAUCCUGCGCUGCAAGGACACUGCCACCGCACAUUCCUGGUUCACAGCGCUGCAUGCCAACAUCACGGCGCUGCUGCCGCAGGUGCUGGCGGAGCUCAAUGCUGCGCUGGGUGGCAGCGCUGGGGGCCGGGAGGUGAAGCAUGUCGCGUGGCUGGCAGAGCAGGCACGGCUGGACGGCGGGCGGCAGCAGUGGCGGCCAGUCCUGAUGGCGGUGACGGAGAAGGAUCUGCUGCUGUACGACGCCAUGCCUUGGACACGCGACGCGUGGGCCUCGCCAUGCCACAGCUACCCGUUGGUGGCCACCAGGUUGGUGCAUUCAGGCUCGGGCCGCCGCUCGCCCUCGCUGGGCUCUGAGCUGACCUUUGCCACGCGAACGGGCUCACGGCAGGGCAUUGAGAUGCACGUCUUCCGUGUGGAGACGCACCGUGACCUGUCCUGCUGGACGCGAGUGCUGGUGCAGGGCUGCCAUGCUGCUGCUGAGCUCAUCAAAGAGGUGUCCGUGGGCUGCACUCUGGGUGGCCAGGAGGUGAAGCUCUGCAUUCACUACGAGGGCGGCUUCACCAUCUGCCGCGAUGAGGCAGGCGGCAGCGUCCUCUACCGCUACCCCUAUGAAAAGCUGAAGAUGUCGGCGGAUGAUGGCAUCAGGACCCUCUAUCUAGACUUUGGAGGCCCAGAGGGGGAACUGGCGCUGGACCUGCACUCCUGCCCCAAGCCCAUCGUCUUCGUGCUGCACACCUUCCUCUCGGCCAAAGUCACCCGCAUGGGGCUGCUGGUGUAGGUGACCACCCUGACCACCCCAGCUGCCUCCACAAUGCAAAGCAGCCUGGGAAACAUGGAGCCCCACCGCUGCCUGCCACACCGGUGCCUUGGGGAGGGGGCUCCCCUUCUGCGACUCGGGGAGCUCAGUGUUAUCCCCUGCCCCCAAAAGCCAUCUCUGAUCUCACCACCUGUGCCUUGCAGCGGGGCCACUCCCCCCCUCCCCCCCCCGGGGAGCUUCACCUUGUGUUCCUCCCCCAAGUGGGACUGUGUUGGGCACUGUUUGUAUCCCCUGGGGGGGGGUCUCGUCUUAAAAAUGUGGGCACUCGGGAGGACGCUGGGACCUGGCCCUGUGAUGCUGGUAUGGGCAGGGGGCUCAGUCCCUGCCAUGCUGUGAUCACAAGGCAGGUGCUCCUCAAACUCUCAGAGUCUGCAAACAAACGCUGUUCCCUGCCUGGGCUGGGAGCACAGUGGGACCCCUGUAGGCCCCGUGGUUUUGGGGAGGGACACAUAGAUCAAUGCACUUUUGCUUUUUGUACUUUACCUCCGCCCCUGGUGCGGGGACGGGUGCUCGGUGCUGGGGGUCCCCGCUGUGCCCCAGCCCAACUCCUCUGCAAACGUUUCUGCUUCCCAUGAGCUGUGCCAGGGGGCCUGAGGGGUGCAGAGCCCCCCACCCCGCUCAGCCCAUUCUAUUUUUGUACUCUUUGUAAAUCGCUAUUUAUACAAA